AUGUACCUUUGUCUGCGAAGAACGCGGUAUAAAGGAGAAACUCGAGAAUAUCCUUCGUAUCGGUGCAAUCGUAAGGGAUGUCAAACAUUUCGCUCUAUUCGCAAAGUGUUUAGUAGGCAGUUUAUUUUAUCGAACUCUGAAGAUAUUCCCGUGGAAAAUCUUGAUAUUGAAACUGAUCGGAAAGUUAAAAAAAGCACUGUUGGACAAGACCUAAGUGCUCACCGCUUGUGCAUACCGAAGUUAUUGACACCUUCAUUGACAACCCCAGCAACCCUUAUUGGCGAAAAAUUGAAAGGAGCUCAACUCAAACGUUGUAUAUCAUUUACUGAAUUUACAAACCAACUUCGCCGUGAUAUUGCUGCCAACAAACAAGUAUUGCGUAGAAAAGCUCGUGGUAAUAAUGACAUAGAGGAGGGAACACUCAUAUACGUUACAAAAGAGCUGUCUCCGCAGGAAAUUGUGCAAUUACAAGAUGCCAUAAUUAAAGUUUUAAUGCAUCUUCGAAAAAUUCCUGUGCAACUAACCAGCAAUGAUUUGCCCUUAUUUGCUCACUGCCCGUAUAGUAAGGAUGAAGUGGAGAUAGGUUUAAAGUCGGAAUCUACUAGACAGACGUUUUGCGAAGCGUUUUCCAAAGCACCUCAACCGCCAAUACCAGCUGGCUUCACGCAACGUGAAGAUAAUGUUCUCGUUUACAAAAAUCCUGCUCCAUAUCAUGUACCUCCCAUUUUACAAGCGAAUUCGCCACGAAAAACCGCGGAAGACAUUGCUGAUUAUCACCGAAGACAGGAGGAAAUCGAGACGCGAAAAAUGGAGAAACGCCUGAAGAAUUCUAUAAAAAACAAAGCGUCAGGGUGUAUGAAGAGAGUUUUUUCCGAUGAAAUUGAUAUGGACCGGGAACUUGUCGAACGACACGAAUUCAAGCGUCCCAAAAUGGACGGAUUAUCUCAAAUUAGUCAUAUCCAACUGCUAGAUGCUCACAAUAGUUAUGACACCGCAAAAUGGAAAGAAUUAGAAAAAGAAGACGCAGCUUGUCCCAAAAAGGCGUGCGCACUUGCCGCAGAAUACGCGCACCGCCGUAAGGAAUCCUCGCAGUCGUCAGAUGUCUCCAGUGGCUCGUCAGAUUACGCAACGAGUCCGGAUGCCCUUCAAAAGUCAGGAACGUUGUCUUCAAUAACACUUCAUGAAAUGAUGAUGAGAUCGUUGAAUCCAACAACAUCCGCUUCUCAGAAAGCCUAUGGUAAUGACCAAAAAGUCAGCUCUUCGCAACCUCUAUUAUUUAACGAUUAUCCAGCAGCACAACCUCAAAGUGCUUAUUUCGUUAAUGCUCCGUUACUGUCUGAGAGCGCUACAUUACUGAACAUGAACUUGUAUUCACAAUCAAAUGUUUCUGAUAAUGUUCAGUGCAUGAGCGCGAACUCCCAUAUGAAUGAGAAGCAUUACAUCGAUUCACCAAAUUCUCACAAUCAAUUCACUUAUAUAAAUCCAGAAUCUGGUGCCACUCUUACUGAUCCUUCUGCAUUCCUGACGACCUUUGUACCAUCUCCAGUUGUGAAAAAUGCACCCGUCGACUUUGGUCAGGAAGGUUCGAAACAUUUCACAAAGGGCACACUUAAACAAGAAAACACAAGUUUGUCAUCUGUUGACAUGGAAUCUCCGAAGAGUUCUUCAAAGCUUUUGGCAAUUGACAACUCGCUGAAGUUCGACCCACCUAAUAUAUAA